UUGGUUGUGAUGGAAAGCAAGAGAGAGGAGAAGAGAGGCAAGAGUGGUAACUUCUCCGAGAUGGUGAGAGCUCCUUGCUGUGAGAAGAUGGGUCUGAAGAAGGGGCCAUGGACAGCAGAAGAAGACCAGGUUCUGGUUGCCUACAUACAGCAGCAUGGUCAUGAGAACUGGCGCGCUCUCCCCAAACGAGCAGGGCUGCUGAGGUGUGGGAAGAGUUGCAGGCUUCGGUGGACGAACUAUCUCCGUCCUGAUAUCAAGAGAGGGAACUUUACCAAGGAAGAAGAGGAGGCCAUCAUCAAAUUGCAUGAAAUGCUUGGCAAUAGAUGGUCAGCAAUCGCAGCGAGGCUGCCUGGAAGAACAGACAAUGAGAUCAAGAAUGUGUGGCACACCCACCUGAAGAAACGAGUCAAACCGAAUCAGACAGUCCAAGAAUCCAAGCGAAGGAGCCGAAGUGAUGUAGAAGCAACACGGUCAGGUGCUAAAGCCAUCGACUUUCAAGCAUUUCAAGCUGCAACGCGACCAAAAUUAGAGAGCCCAACUCCUCUUCCUGUGUCCCUAGAACAGUCCUACAGCGAGAUCUCAUCCUCUGUCACCAUUUCGUCUAAUAAUAAGAGGGGAGAAACUAACAGUACAGGGAUUAAGGAGGAAGUUGUGGUUUCUUCAGCUCAUCAAUUCUCAGACAUCGAUCAGAACUUCUGGUUGGAUGAUUCCUUCGCGUCAUUCUGCUCAUCCAGUAACAAAGAUGAUGAUGGAAUAGACUUUUGGUUGCAGGUGUUCAUGGAAGCUGGACACCUCGAGGAAUUGCCUGAGAUCUGAAAUCACAGGAAUUUCACACUUUUCAUUUACAUUUUCUACUGAUGUAAGGUUAGGACCUGAAAACAGAGAUAUUUUGUAGAUAAUUUCUUUUGUCAUUUACCACAGGGAGAGACUCAAGAUAGUAUAAUCAUGACAGACUACAGAUGAAAGAGAUCAACAUUUUUAAGGGAUCUUUGAACAAGUGCAAUUUAAUCCAGAGGUCAUUGCUUUUGCCAUCUAACAAUUCUGCCUGUGGUGUGCCUGUGAUAUUGCCAGUGUAAAUUGUGGAAAUGAUUGCUCAUUUGUGUUUCACUGAAACCAUAAAAUUUAAUGUUUGUAGAAAGAUUGUAUUAGCAGAAAAUUUAUUGAGCUACCAUCCCCAGUAGUUUUCCUGCAAAAUAAGAACAGUGAGAUGGUAAAUGUAAAUAUAAUUUCAGCUUGUUAAUUACUUUGAUUCCAAGUAAUUAUCUUGGCAAUUAUGAUGUCAUUUAAGGA